AUGUCAUCCUCUCCUCUUCUGCCACCAGAAUCAUCUCUUCUAAUCAUGGAACGACUCGGCGAAGUGCGUCUGUACCCCUCCACUUCGAUUCUUGACACUAACAUGACGGCGUGCCUUCUCACCAGCGCCUUUCUACCGGAUACGGUACAAAUGGCCGCGUGGCCACUGCUCGCAUGGAUUAGUUUGGUCAUCUUCGGCUCCAUCUCGCAAUACAGCAUUUUCACCGGUCUCAGUCUAUUCCGAUCCGUCAAAGAACUCCGCUCGGAACGCUCCUCAAAACUCGACGUUCUCGACAUUUUUCGAUUCAUCGCAAUCCUAUGGGUGAUGCUGAAUCAUACCGGAAGCGAAGGACGUAUCGAUAUUCUGGAACGACUUCCAUCGGCCGACGCCUUCAAGAGUGCAAUGCAUGAUCAUCCGAUUUUUGGAGCUCUGAUGGGCAACUCCGCAUUGGGCGUCGAGAUUUUUCUAGUGCUUUCUGGACUUCUGGCAGCGAGGAGCUGGCUUAGGAACGCUGAUCAACCAUUUCUCAACCACUGGAGAUCAUUUAUCACUCGACGACUUUUACGGUUAGCUCCUUCAAUGUUCAUUUUCGUUUAUAUUGCUGCUGGACCAAUAAUGGAAGCCCUCCUUCCAAGAUAUUCAAGCUCAAUGGUAUCCGCAUGUGGAUUCUGGGGAAUUCUCUCCCACGUCACCUUCACAUCUAACUGGCAGUCUACACCAACAUGUAUGGGAUAUCUUUGGUAUUUGGGUCUUGACAUGCAGCUGUAUAUGGUGGCCCCAAUUUUUCUGAAUUUGCUUCAUAAAUCCCCAAAACGUGGAAUGAUUCUGACAACUGUGACGAUAAUUGCAUCCAUGUUCAUUCGUGCGGGUUACUGUACUGCUUAUGGUACUUGCAACAAGUCUGAUGUGGAUAUUCCAUUCAUUUCGUACCCGGGACAAGAUGCCGAGACAUUGAAAUCAAUCUACGCCGGGCUAUGGGAUAUGUACUCGAGACCGUAUACAAAGUGUGGACCGUUCUUGAUUGGACUCUUGUUGGGAUAUGUUACGUUUUCGAGUCAGCACAUCAUGUCUGCCGCCACAUCGAAGGCACUCCUCCGUGGAUCAUUAUUUGUUGCGAUUGUGACGAUUUACGCGAUUCUUCCCGAAUAUUGGAAUCCAGACGCCGGAAAUACCGUAUACAACACCAUCUACACGGCCGUCUUCCGAUCCGUCUUCGCGUUGGCCAUCGCUGGAAUGAUUGCCGCGUUGUAUUUCAGACAAGAAUACCGCCCGACCCAUCCAAUCUUUGCAAUCCUGGCGAAACUCACCUACAACGCCUAUCUCCUCCACAUGCCAGUCGUCUACAUUUUCAAUUGGCUUCCAUUCCUUCAAACCGCCACUUCACCCAUCCAUCUUUUGCUCGUUUUACCCUUCGUUGCUACUUUAUCUUUCCUAGCUGCUCUUAUUUUUUAUCUUUUCGUUGAGGCCCCAAUCGGUCAUCUGACAUCUCAAUAUGCCACUAGAUUAGGCCUCUGA